UUCACUUCUAUAUUAUUUUAAUUAGGAAAAAAAUUUAUAUCAAAAUAUUUUAUUAAAAUUUUCAUUUUAAUUUUUAUUAUAACUGUAAAUUAAUUUCUAAUCUAUAUUUAUAUUUAAAUAUUACAAAUACACCAUUUAAUAUUAAAAGAAAAAUUAAAAAUAUAAAAUAAAUACCCGCCCGACCGGUGGGUCAAGAUCUAGUGGUAAUUAUAACGUAAACCCGUGACUGUUAACAAUGAGGGAUAAGUGCAUAAUGAUUACUGGUGCAUCGUGCGUAACGUGCAAGCCUUUUAUAGCAUUCAGUCGUCAUGUUCCUUAUUUGAACUAAGGCAUCACCAAACCAAAAAGAAAAACACAAGAGAUUGAGAGAGAGAAGAAAAAUAGAUGGAGAAGCAAGAUAUCAUCUUCGUACCUUCUCCAGGCGCUGGCCAUCUCCUUGUCUCCAUUGAAUUCGCCAAGUCUCUCAUCAAACGUGACAACCGCAUACACACCAUCACCAUCCUCCACUGGACACUCCCUUUCGUUCCUCAAUCCAAAAACUCGGCUAAAUCUCUUCUAGCUUCAGAGCCUCGAAUCCGCCUCUUGUCCUUGCCUGAGAUCCAAAACCCUCCGCCGUUGGAACUCUUCUUUGAAGCCUCCGAGGCUUACCUACUCGACUUCACCAAGAAAACAGUUCCUCUCGUCAGAGAAGCUCUCUCAGCUCUGGUUUCUCCUCCUGAUGGAACCGAUCCGGUCCGUAUCGCCGGUUUGGUAAUAGAUUUCUUCUGUGUCCCGUUGAUCGAUGUCGGAAACGAGUUCAACCUUCCUUCUUACAUUCUCCUCACGUGUAACGCUGGUUUCUUGGGUAUGAUGAAGUAUCUCCCUGAGAGACACAGCCGAACACCCUCCGAGCUUGACCUGAGCUCCGGCGAGGAAGAACACUCCAUUCCCGGUUACGUCUGCCCCGUGCCCACGAAGGUCAUGCCGCCUGGUCAGUUCGUGAGAGAGUCGUACGAGGCUUGGGUCGAGAUUGCAGCGAAGUUACCUGAAGCCAAAGGCAUUUUGGUAAACUCCUUCACAAGUCUUGAGAAGAACGCUUUUGAGUACUUUGCUCGUCUUCAUGAGAGCUAUCCUCCGGUUUACCCGGUCGGACCGGUUCUUAGCUUAGAGGAUCGUCCGUGUGCGAAUCUAGAUCCAGCUGAUAAGGACAGGAUCGUGAGCUGGCUAGACGAGAAGCCUGAGGCUUCAGUCGUGUACCUCUGCUUCGGAAGCUUCGGAGUCCACGGAGCAUCGCAGAUCAAGGAGAUAGCUCGAGCUUUAGAGCUCUCCGGUCACAGGUUUCUUUGGUCAAUUCGGACAAAUCCGAUGGAGAAAGCUUGUCCGUACGAUCUGUUGCCUGAGGGGUUUAGAGAUCGGACGGCGAGCAGAGGUUUGGUGUGCGGCUGGGCGCCGCAAGUGGAAGUGCUGUCUCAUAAGGCUAUAGGAGGGUUUGUGUCUCACUGCGGUUGGAACUCGGUGCUGGAGAGCUUGUGGUUCGGAGUUCCGAUCGCCACGUGGCCGAUGUACGCUGAGCAGCAGCUGAACGCGUUCACGAUGGUGAAGGAGUUGGGUUUGGCCGUGGAGCUGCGUAUGGAUUACGUUGCUGCGAAGGGAGAGGUAGUGAAAGCUGAGGAGAUCGCGGGGGCUAUAAGGUCUCUGAUGGACGGUGAGGAUACGCCGAGGAAAAGAGUUAAGGAGAUGGCGGAAGCGGCGAGGAUGGCUGCCAAGGAUGGUGGAUCGUCGUUUGUUGCGGUUAAACGAUUCAUUGACGAGUUGAUGGGCCGGGCUUUUUAGUACUGUUGUAAUAACUAAACUACCCAUAAUGAGUCCAAUGCGUUUUUCCUUAAUACUUCCCUCGGUUUUUUAAAGAUAGAUGUUUUAGAAAAAUAAAUUGUUUCACAAAGAUGUAUUUUUAAUG